GCUACGGGAUGUGAGAUGGGAGGGAGGAAGGAAUGAGAACGAGGGAAGAAUAGCGCCAGAAGAGAUUGAUGAGGCAAACAAGGCUUCAUGAAUGAGACGAGUUGUGCAGGUUUCCCAGUCCAUCAAUUACAAACCUUCUCUUCCUCCAGUCUCCACGAUCUGCAUUCUUCCAAAAUAUUGCCUUCCUUUCUCAGCAGAACCCGCUUUCGCAGAACCCACUUGAACCCAGCGCCAUGUUCCUGCAGUUGCUGGGUCUUGGCAACCGUGUGGGCGGUCGCCAAUCAGACUCACAAGCGCGAUCACGUUUGCAAAACUUGGCAGGCGCCGGAGAUGAGGCUUGGCAAAGAUUGGGUUGAAGUCGAAGUGGCAGGCAUGGCCCGCGUCGCCCGGCCCCGCGGCCUCGGAUGACGCCAAUGAUUCUGCAGUUCAUCCGACUAUUGGUGUGGAGAGCUUCGGAGGGUCUUCCUGGAAGGUUUUGAUGGUGCCAGAAGCGAUAAUCGCACCGGAUACACGUGGUCGAGGUAGUGACCGUGAUUCCCGCAGCGUGUAAGUGACGGAUCCAGUCACCGAGCACAAGGAAAGCCUGGGGAACCC